AAGAAUUUUUUUAUGACAACAUUCCAAAUAUGUUCCUGUUUACAUGAAAUGAAGAAAUAAUUGUUGAAGAUGGUUUUUGAAGAGUCUGAAAUAUUUCAGACAAGAAAGAACAUUAAGCCUGAACCUGUAGAACAUUCAGACUUUAUUUCUGGCAUGACUAAGUUACAAAUUACUGAAAACAAUGGAAAGACUGGAGAGAAAAGUACAGAAGAUCUAUGUGACCUUUUGUUGAGUCUAAAAAUAGAAAAACUUAACUCGAAAGGACCGAAUGGACUAAUUCAGAGAGGAAAGCCACAGGCUAGACAACCAGUAAAUUCAAACUAUAUUCAGAAGAGAUCAUUUCCAGAUUGGCAAUUCCCAGAUUUAAAAGUUUCUGAACUUUAUGGUAGUGUUGUGAAAGUUGAUUCCCCUGAUGGCUUUCCAUAUUUUCCAAAUGAUAACCACAUAGGCCAUCAGAACAUACCUAAGUUCCCACCACAAAAUAAUCUUGUUCAGGGUGUAGACUUUAGUUGUCAGGUGUGGCAACGACAGAACUACCCGUAUUGGCAAUAUAACAGACGUUCAAGGCCGGUACCAGGUCGAUCUGACCCAAAUGUUAGUGAUGGACCAGUUAAUUUGCCAAGUAGGAGCAAUAACAUGCUACCUGAUAUAUUAGAUGGACCAGGAUCCAGGAGUAAAUCAUCCAGCAGCAAUGAUAUAGAAACAGAUGAAGUACCCUAUGGGCCAGCAUAUGAUUUAGAUGACCCUUUCCUCCGUUCAUUAACAGAUCAGCAGUUUCCAUUGUUUGAAGAAAUCACUAAUUUACACAGAGGUUCAAAAGACUUUGAAUAUAUCAAUGAGAAUAGUAAUUCUAGCAGCAGUGAUGCGUUUAGCCAAAAUUCCCCAUAUAGUCAACCUUCCCCGCUAAAUAAUCACGUUGACAGUGAUCUGAAUGAUAUCAACAACAUCAUCAAUGAAUACUCUUAUACCACAAGUCCAAGCAGUAAAGUUGUCACAACCUUGGAAAAGUGUCGCUUGUCACCUGAUACUGUUGAAGUCAUUGACCCCAGUCGUAAACGGAGAGGCCAGGACGGACAACCAUCUCCACCAAAACAACCUCAUCUUGACUUUCCCGAUGCUGAUGAAGAUGGCGACAGUGUCCUACAUUCUUUGGUGAUUGCUGAUGACUUUACAGAUGAUGACAUGGAGAAGAUCUUGUAUUAUUUGGAACUGGACUCGGCUGAUCAGUUAUCAGAUAUAAUUGACAAACAGAACAACAUGUGGAGGACUGCCUUGUUCUUGGCUGUGUUAUCAGAGAAGACAGAAUUUGUUCAGUGUUUAUUAGAUCAUGGAGCAGAUCCAAACAUACAGGGAAAGAUACAGUAUUCAGCUGACACAUAUGACCUAAGGACACCAUUAAUGUUGUCUGUAGAGAGGGGAGAUAACUCUUUAGAGAUAACUAAGAUGUUACUGGAAUCACUAGACAUGAAUAUCAACUGUAGGAGUGAAAGUGACAGAUUAACAGCACUUCAUAUAGCUCUGAAAUCACACAGAUUACCCAGCAGUAACCGUGGAGGACUGGAUUGUACAAAAACAGUAAAGCUGUUGAUAAUGAAUGAGGCCGACACAGAUUUAGGGGAAGAUAGAAGUAGUAAAACCCCCUUGAUGUUGGUCAUUGAUACCUGUGAUUUGAGUCUGGUCAAAGUUUUUAUCAAUUGUGACACAGAAAAAAACCCAGAAACAAUAAGAUCAAAGAUGAACGCUACAACACGGUCAGGUGACACCGCGUUACACUUCGCUGCGGGUGCUAAUUUCGAACGUAAAAAGAAGUGCAAUUUGUUACGACUUCUUGUCAACAGUGGAGCAGACAGUAGUAUUGAAAACAAUGAAAAAGAGAAACCAGAAAGCAUUACAACUAAAGAUCUGUGGAAAGAAGCAUUUAAAUGUUAGACAAAGAACUAAUAUGGAGACAGACCCUGACUACCAAACUUACCAACUAUGUUACUGAGAUCAUAAACAUGAUUGUUAUUUGUUACAUUUUUGUACUUCUGUGACGAUUCUUUGUUUUUUCAUUGCGUACCAUUUUCCCAAGAUUUGUCGUGUACAGGUAAACCACAGAUUACAAUGUUGAAUGAAAUUUCAAAUUUAUAAAGGCACAGAUUUAGAGUUGUACAACUUUUCGUUAAUCUAGGAAAAUUGUUUUCAAUGAAAUAUUAAGCAAUGAAUCAACAUUUUUGUUAAAACUACUUAAUUUUUGUACAGUUAUUUGUUUUCUGAUUUUGUAUAGUUAUUUGAUUUUGUACAGUUAUUUGUUUCCUGUUUUGUUAGUGAUUUGUACAGUAUAGUAGUAAGAUGAUAGACUGUGAUAGUUAUGUUUGCAAUAUUCAUUAACUUCCAUUAAAAGUUAUUGUUCUGAAUUUUUAAAUUCACUAAAAUUUAAGAGUGUUUAAUUGAAAUUAGUGUUUUCUAAUCUAGAUGAUUUCUUAAUUCUUGAAAUAAUUUCAAAAUAUUUUAAUAGCGCUUAGCUAAGUAU